AUGGAUAAACAGCCCGAGGAUAAACAGCCCGAGUACACUCAGACGGAGAAUGUCGCCGACAAGCCGCGCAAGCGUGGCUGCGCCGGCCACUGCUUGAAGUUUUGGUGGGCCUACUUGAUCGCCGUCAUUGUCAUCGUUGUCAUUGUUGUCCCUGUUGUUAUCCUUGUUGGCGUUCCCAAGAUCGCUCAACAGAAGCUGGACCAUGCCGAGCUCAUCCUUGACAGCAUCGUCAUGACCAAUUCCCGGGCUCAAAACUUCACCAUGUCUAUCAACACUGAGAUCAAGAGUGACGGAAAGGUCAAGGCCACCAUUGAGCCUUUCGAGGGCGUCAUGUACCUUGAGGAUCUGCCGGAGCACCAGCCUUUCGCCAAGGUUCACUUCCCUGAGACCACCAGCGCCAAGUCCCAGAUUAUCAACAUCACCCAGUUUACCAUGAUCGAUGAUCUGGAUGCUUUCACCACCUUCAACACCUGGCUUCUGCACAACGAGACUUUCAGGGUUACCGUCGAGGGUGACACCAAGGUGCACGUCAAGGGUAUCGCCAGAGCCUAUGGCGUCACGUUCAAGAAGACCAUUGAAAUGCCCGGCCUCCGUAUGCUUGACGGAACCACUGUAACCAACACCACCGUCAACGCCACUGCUCCCAAGGGCCAGAACAACUUCUUCGGUACCGUCAGAAUCCCCAACUACUCCAAGGUUGCUUUCGAGCUUGGCAAUACUACCUUCCACAACUACCUCCUUGACAAGGAAAUCGGCACUGUCUAUCUCGACAACCUCUCACUCAAGCCCGGCAACGACAACGUUUAUCCUAUGCGCGCCACCAUUGACGACCUCGGCUACGUCACUGGCCUUGCUGUGCAGAAGCCUUAUUGCGACAAGCUCAACGGCGUCCUUCCCUUUAAGCUUCGCGGCAAGAGCGUCAUCAACCAUGGCGAAAGCCUCUCCUAUUUCGCUGAUGCCUUGGCUUCCGGAAAUCAGACCGUCCAGAUCGACAUUCGUGGCACUGUCAAGCGCUCGAUGGGUUUUACGCUCGGUUGCUCCGACGAGUAAACCAUCCGUACUGUCGAUACGUGUUUUGAUAUUCGAAUACCCAUGGAUUGCGAGGUUACGCGGAAACGUUGCCUAGUGGCAUAUUACGCACUUGAGCGAUCCGAUUCACUUUUCUUGGCACGCUGCAUUGUGCCUACAAUGUGUACAGGCUCACGCCGCCACUUCAUUUCUGCUUUGCUUUCGAUAAAUAGGGGGUCAUUUAUGUUUAAUGCUUAUGUGUUUAAAGAUACCAUGGGACUGCACAGGGCGAGGGAUGAUGAGAUAUGGUCGAGAUUGGACAAAAACUGGAUUGAAGAGCUUCUGUCGAGAUGAGGAAUGCAGAAAACAACAAGUUGGAACGCAUUUAUGAAUUUAAAAUGUGUAAGAGUGUUCACCGGCU